GUGUGUUGAUUUUAGAACCAAGCAUUCUUUCCGGUGAAACACCAUCGAAUCGAAGACGAUUUAAGAUAUUUGGAGAGAAUGGCUACUGAAGCAGAAAGCGGGACGUUCAUCGAAUCGUUUUGCCUGAAGACACGCAACCCGGACCGCAUGGUUCGACAACGGGCGCUAAAGGAUUUCGAAGCGAAUUUUCUGGCCACGGUGUCUAGCACCGAAUGUGCGAAUAUAUUCGAUGAAACAUACCUCGAUAUCCUCCGGUGCUACAGUGACCGCUUCGAGUCAGUGCGAAUUCUUGCGGUAACCACAAUCGACACGCUGCUGGAAAAACUACCGGCAAACGAGUACUAUCUCGGGUAUAUCGUGCCAGUUCUGGCAAAGCGAAUCGGACGGGCGGAAAUCGUCGAAGAGAGCGAAGAGCUCCGUUUACAACUGCUGGAACAGUUGGGCAGAUUGGUGGAGAAGUACAGCGACCGCGAUGGACAGCGUGGUGACCCGCUGCUGAAGGUAUUCGACGAUAUCGUGGACAUACUGAUCAAAACCUUACGCGACCCGUUCCCGGCGGCACAGAAAAAGAGUUGUGAAAUUGUGCUGGCCAUCGCAGGCGCUACGCCCAGCUUGCAUUAUCGAGCGGAAGCACUCGUUGCCCCGGCCAAGUCCGUACUUGGGCACCGUCAUGCGGCGAAUCGUAUUGUUGCCGUCGAAGCGCUCGGUGAGCUUUCACUGCACAUACUCACCAACGGGGACCGGAUUUCGGAAAUUAUAAUGGCAAUAUCGCCCCUCUUGAUGGACGAUGUGCCGUUUGUGAGGCGUGCCUGUGGACGAGCCGGGUGUUUGAUGCUGCUUAAAUUGCGAGAUCGCUAUUCUUUCUUUCAUCGUAUUCUUCCAUUGGUUUUAAAUUGCCUUACUGACGGCACGGCCGAAGUUCGUGAAGACAUCGAGUUCCGCUGGAAGGAAGCAGGUGAACUGUAUUAUAAAGAAAAUGAAUCGGAAUUGGCUAAGGCUGCUUUGAUCGAAAAGCUGCCCGUCGGUUAUCCGGUGGAUCGGUACACUCGACCCACGCUUGCCUGCCGCGCCAUCGUUCAGCGCAGCCUGCGGGUGGUCAAUCUGGUGCUGCACGAAAUGGAAGAAUGGAAGGAGGACAUCCGUCUACAUGCAACAAAACUGUUGAAGCAAAUCGUUCUUCACUCCGAGCGGGCAUUUUCCUCCCAGUUUCUUGAGGUGAACCCAGUCUUGGCGAAGGCCUGCAUGGAUUCUGAAAAGUCGAUCGUAACCGAGGCUUUGAAUGUUUGUGAACUGAUGGGAAAGCUGCUGGACUAUGAAACGUGGAGCAAACAUGUGGUAGCUGAGUUUCGAAAGUUUCCCUCAAUCGGUCAACUCCGAUGUAUGCGAACGCUAUACACCCAUUCCGUGCAAUGCGAAGAAAAACGGAAGGACAUCAAAAAGUUUGCUGCACUUCUGCUCGAUCCGGACGUAUGCCACAAUUUGAAGGAAACGUACCAGCUAGAGCUGCUAGAGUUUUGCAGCAUCCUAGCGUUGGACGGACAAAGAAGAGAACUAUCGGCGGCCUUGGAAGAAAUUACGGUUAACGAACAGGAAACCGUCGAGAACCAAUCCCUUGAACGUACACUUUACACAGUGAUCCUUAAGGUGAUUGCAUUUUGCUACGAGGAAAAGGAACAAAUCCGUGAAAAAGGCCUAGAAGUCCUUCGGCUGCUGGAUAAUGAUAUUGAUAAGCUGCACGCACAUCAUUUAGCGAACGUGUUGGGAAAUAUUGAGCAUUUGGAGAGCGAAAAUUCGGAUGCUAGCACCAACAUUUUACUGCUGUGUGGUAUUGUGUCGGUUUGUGGUUUCCAGCAAUCCUACUUUGAUACACUUCGGGUAACUCUUGUCAAAGCUUUAACAAAUGCGUCACCCGAAGGAAAGGUUAAGCUUUUCAGUGCAAUAUCGGUGGCGAUGCUUACAUGGGAAGAGAAAAACAAACAAUCCAAAGAAGUACAAAUGGCCUUACUUAAACCAUUCGUGGAUGAACUCAUUGCGCCGUCUUUGGUAUGGUCUGUGGGCAGAAGCGCUGAGUCGAUCCGUGCGAUGGCAACUGCCUGCUUCGCCUCAAUGGCACAGGGUGUAACGGCUGAAGUGUAUAUGCCACUGCUUACCGGAUAUUUGAAUGUACUUGCGGGGCUGAUUGACGAUAACAACAUUGCUACGCGAGCGUACACGCUCAAAGCGUUGGUGCGUUUGGACCAAGGGCUGGAUUUGGAACUCCUGAAAUUGAUUGCAUUCCCCAUCCUUUCCCGGCUGGACGAUCCCAGUAGCGAAGUGCGUGAGUUGGCAGCCAUCUGCCUAGGGCGUUUGAAACUGAGCAAAGCCUGCACUGGGUCUGUCGAUGCCACCGAAUCGGUCGACUCCGCUUCCCAGCGCUGGGAGGACAUACUCAAACAAAUCCUGCCCGUUAUGUUUCUGCAUUUGGAAAAUCCCGAGAUUAAACUACGCAAAGCUAUUACCGCUUCCCUUCAGCGACUUUAUUUAGAUAACCGGGAGCUCAUGACAAGCUUGGCUAAAGUGUCAAAUGUAACGGAGGAUAACUUUAUCGGUAGCAUGCAAUAAGAUAUUUCAAUAAUGAAAAAUCAUCGUAGAAGAUUUUUUAUGGAACAAAAAGAAAAACCUUUGAAUAGUCUACGCACAUUACUGUCGUUUUAUAAUAAACUUAAUUUUUCAAAUUUCA